CUAUAGGCCUAAUAUGGAUUCCGAGUACUCCUUCUCAUUGACUACCUUCUCCCCCUCCGGUAAGCUGGGUCAGAUCGAGUAUGCUCUCAAUGCAGUAUCGAUGGGGAAACCCGCCUUGGGAAUCAAGGCUAAGAAUGGUGUAGUGCUGGCCACCGAGAAAAAGUUUCAAACUAUCCUAGCUGAGGAGGAUUCCAUCCGCAAGGUUGACAACUUCACCAACAGGAUAGGAUGUGUCUUCGCUGGUAUGCCUCCUGACUUCAGAGUCAUACUGUCUCGUGGCCGAAAGCAGGCUCAACAGUACUGGUGUACCUACGAGGACGAGAUACCAGUACGACAACUCACAAGAGAGGUUGCCAAUGUCAUGCAGGAGUUCACCCAGUCUGGUGGUGUCCGGCCCUUCGGCAUAUCAUUGAUGAUUGCCGGUUGGGACGAGACGGAGGGUCCACAACUGUACCAGGUCGAUCCUAGUGGAGCCUUCUUCGGGUGGAAGGCUUCGGCUAUAGGCAAGAACUACGCCAAUGCUAAGUCCUUCCUGGAAAAGAGAUACUCUGAAGACAUCGAAUUGGAAGAUGCUAUUCAUACAGCUAUCCUCACUUUAAAGGAGGGGUUCGAGGGCGCUAUAAAUGAACACAACAUUGAGAUUGGCAUAGUCUCAUCUGAGGAGAAGAGAUUCCGAGUGCUAACACCUGCGGAAAUCAAGGAUUACCUCAGUGAGGUUGAGUAGUGUUAAAUCCAAGAUACUGUGCUGCGACUCCUGCGCGAUGGUGUGUAUCACAAUCAUCACUCCUUGCGGGUUUCUCAGUUU